AUGCAUAACUACAGAAGCCAAGAUGCCGCCGAAAGUGAGCAAUGGGACAGGAGUCGGUGGGAAACCGCGCAGAGACGUUCUGGCUUCGGUCAGAAUGGCCUCCAUGGACCAAGUCUCCAGGCUGCUCUCCCAGCUGAGAUUAUGUCCUCGGUCUUAGACUAUCUUUCCCCAGUCGACUUGAUUCGAGUAGCACGAUCGUCAAAACUUUUACGCGAAAUCGCUUACGAUGACACAAGAUGGGUACAGUGGCUGAAACGCAUGGGCUGCUGGAAUGAACUGGAGGCUAGGAAACACGUUGAAGAAACAUUUGGGACCAUUGCAAAUGUUGAGAGCGUCAGGCAAAAAGAAGCUGCCGAGCAAUCUCAGCGAUCAUCGCUCGUGAGCGCAGGCACAGAAAAUAAACCUCAAAUAAGUCUCAAAUCACUGUCCGAUGGUUUCGACCAAAUAACGCUGUCUACACCUGCUGCCACUGGAAGUGCGAACGAACUGGAAGACGAUCCAAUCUUGGGGGCGUUACAACAGGUUAAAUCAGUGCGCGGGGAAGCUCGGCAUGAGUACGGCAAGGUUCAUGCUGCUCUUGCGCCUUUUUACAACGAUAUUGCCAUUGCAGGAGCUUCUCCAGAUAACUUGUUGUUUAAGAAAUAUACCGACCCACAGCACCAAGCUCAGAUUCUGUUUCAAUUGCAAGCUUUCGCCAAAUGUGACUUAACGGAGGGCUGGUGUGAGAGGCUGUCACACCUGCAGGAAGCUAUCUCAAUGUUUGAAACGGCCGCUAUCAAGGAAUUCAGACACGGUUACGAAACUGAAGACAUCGAAAAUAGAAUGCGGCAAUAUGCCCACGUUCUCUACACAUUGAACGGUGGGGCUGCAGCUGUUGAGCUCUUCAUUCACCAUAACCAUCUUGUCACACGAAGGUCAGAUUUCGGUAGGCCAGGGGACUGCAUUGAUACAUCAUCUCAACGCGUGAAGCUUGACCAGACGCAGGCGUUCUUUACUCGUUUGAGUGUUGCUUACAAUGAAGAAGUCGCAAUCAUCAAUCGCGCCUUUCCGCCGUCGGUAAAGGUUGCAUUGCCGUUCAUUGCGAAAGUCGGCCAGGAUGUGCUGUACCCAUUUCUGACCGCGAUCUUUGAUGAAUUGCACCGCAUCAACAUAGAAUCUUACUUGACCGCCGUUUCGAGUACAUUCGCCCAAUGCAUGAAUCUCGCUGAUACCCUGUUACCAAUUCAAAGUUCCGCUGUUAAUUUUGAAGAGUUUUUGGAGCAUGUCAUUGCUAAAGUAUAUGAGCCACAUAUGGACUUAUACCUUGCGGAGGAAUUGGAUUAUUUCCGGAAACGCUCUGAGGCCGCAGUGGAUGAAUGGGAUAGGCAGCUUUCUGAACAGGCAGCCUCGACGGAGUCAUUUCUAAUUCAUCAUGCCCCUGUCAAUCUCCUUCCGAGCUUUUCAGGGACCAAAGCAAGCGAUUCAAAGUCCGACGAGGAGUCUGCUGCUGGCGAUGCCUCGGCUUUGAAGGCCCAGAACCGAUUUUCAACCAUUUCCAUGCCUGCCACUCCUGUAACCGAAGCUCCUACCACGGAGCUUGCAGCCAAGGCAGCUAUUAUGAAAUCGAAAAUGGAAGGUAUCCGUUCCCUGUUCAGCAUCGAAGUCGCCUUGGGCCUAGUUCAUGCUGCAAAGUCGGGUCUGGAGAGAGCUGCUCAAUUUGUUCGGAUUGGAGGGGACACAGGUGCCCUUACGAAGCAGCAAUGUGAGGCGAUAUUUGUUACCCUGGUACGCAUUUUAGGGGAUCGUCAUCUCAUCGCCGGCUUUGACAAAGCAGUCGACCAUCUAUCUAACUACCGACCUCGCGAACAAGGAGACCGCGAUCAGUCGGGUGUUGAACCCUUAGUGACCUUCCUGGAGCUGGUGAAUGUUGGUGAUCUCAUUCUCCAGAUGGUCGAUGUCUUUUAUGAGCAAGAACUCAUUGGCAAAAAGCUGACUGAUCGUAAUGACUUUGUUGACCCCGCAGUGAAAGAGAAGAAGAAGUUCGAGCAGAAUCUCGACGAACGAGUUGCUGCAGGACUCAACAAAGGAAUCGAUGUUCUUAUGGAAGAAGUGGACUAUAUUCUGGCAACACGGCAAUUAGCGACAGACUUCAACCCGAGUGUGUCCACAGACCCGUACCGGCAGACUAUGGAUGUAAGUGUAUCUGAAGCGGCAGUUGCCGUUGUUGAUGUGGUUUCCUCGCAUACCCAAAUGCUCGUUGGGAGUACCGACAAGAGCACACUUGACGUUUUUAACCAAGAGGUGGGGUUGCGUCUUUUUACUGCCCUAUGCAAGCACUUGAAACGUCAAAGAAUCAGCGUUGAGGGUUCCUUAAGACUCAUCAGCGAUAUGAACCACUACUUCAACUUUAUUCAGAGAUUCAGGAACAACGAGCUUCUUGUCUAUUUCAAAGCUUUUCGUGAACUCUCUCAGAUCUAUCUAAUCGACCCUUCGGACGCUAAGGAGCUCGCUACCAUCAUUGCAGACUCGGACCGGUUUCAGGGAAUCUGGACGGUUGAAGAUGUGUGCGAGUUCGCUGAACGACGAGCAGAUUGGUAUCAGGUGAAACGAGACGUGGAACGAGCCAUGUAUGGGAUUGGGUGCAAUAUUAUGUGAUGAACGGGACUUUC